AUGUUUUAUUUUAGAACUACUGGAAAUGUUGAAAAUGAUGGUGUUUCGAUGUGUUCCAUGGCCGCAUCAAUUAUAGUUGAUGAAAGUUUUGAAGAAGAUUGUCCAGUUCAAAAAGAUGAUACUGCAGGUCAUAAAGAUAAUCAAACACAGGAGAGAAAUAAAAAAGAAACAAGAAUAACAAGCUUCCAGUCAAAUCUACUUAAUUUGAUGAAAAACCCUCCAAUUCUACAAAAGCCUGAAGAAAAUGACCCUGAUAAAGAGUUUCUUCUUUCAUUUCUACCUGAGUUUAAAAAAAUGGAUGAAAAUCAAAAAUUAGAUUUUAAAAUUGAAUUUUCGCAACUAGUUAAACGGAUUUUGAAUCCCCCUCAGCUUCCAGUGGUGGAAUCUCGCGCCCUUCAUCAAAAUGAUUAUAUGUCUAAUUUUCAAAAUUCUUUUCACAACCAAAACUCUCUCCCGAACUUUCAAACUGCAGGUCUUCCUCAAAUGGCACAAAUACAUAAUUCUUCACUUCCCCCAACUUAUCAGUCUCCUUCCAAUACAUAUCAUCAACAAUUUAUUCCGAAUAAUCAAAUUGAUAUUGAUAUUCCACAAACAUCUAACUCAUCAUUCAGGGAAAAUUCACGUUAA